GAAACUUUCAGACAUUCAAAUCUGAGAGAGCAACUAAAGAGCCGACAGCCCGAGAAAUCACUGGUUUGGUCGGAAGAAGAAAAUUAACAUACUUUUCUUUUGUUCGGUUUUUUUUUUUUUUGUCAUUUGUCUGAAUUCCGGUCAAUCUGAGCAAAAAAAGUUGCUCAAUUUCAAUCUUCCAAACACUUGGGGUUUUUUCUUCUUACAAAGCUUUGGGUCCCGCUUCUCAUUGCCCAUCUUCAAUUCAAAUUUCAUAUUUUUAUGCAAUUCGAAUUGGGUUGCUCUGUUCUCAAGCUCGAAUCUUUAUUCUCAGCUCCACUGAUCUCGACUUUCUCCAGCUGAAAAUUCCGGUAAAUUCUCAACUUCUGAUUUGGGCGUGGAAGAGAAACAAAAAAUGCUGGAUUUUUAAUGCUGUGAUGCAGCUUCGUGUUCUUACCCGUUCGUGAAGUUGGUGACUUGGGAUUGAUUUGGUAACUUUGAAGUUAGGAUUUGUAAUAUGUAUCUUGAUAGUGAAUCAGCCAAGGUGGAAAUUUUAAGCUUUUGGUGUGAGCUUGAUACUAGAUGAUAAUGAUCUCUAGGGUUUUGGCUUUUGGGGGAGAUGAGAUUUGGCUUUACAUUAUAUGGCCUGUACUUAAAAAGCUUCAGUUAAGUUCUUGAUACGCUCCUGGAUUUGAGUUUGAGAAGUUAUAAUAAGUUAAUGAGUUGGGUUUAUUGGUGUGAAAGAUAACUAGACGCUAAGAGGGUGCAUCUUGUGCACUCUCCUCUCAUUGUUUCAUUGGGUUUUGAGUUAAGAAGAAAGAGAAGUAUGCAACGUCCUGAAGGUCCCAGGAUUGAUCUGGCUGAGUUGAAAACACAUAUUGUGAAGAAGAUUGGUGUUGAGAGAUCUAGAAGGUAUUUUUACUACUUGAGUAGGUUUCUGAGUCAGAAGCUUACUAAGAGUGAGUUUGAUAAGUCAUGUCACCGUCUUUUGGGGAGGGAGAAUCUUCCUCUACACAACAAGUUGGUUCAAUCCAUCUUGAGAAAUGCUUCUCUUGCUAAAUCACCACCACCUGGUCACAAAUCUUUGGUGCUUGGGAAGGAAGAUGGACCUGAACAAAGUGGAUCUCUAGUCCCUAACCAUAAUAGGAGAGAUCAUGUUUGGUCAAAUGGGGUGUUACCUAAGGUUCGGUCUGGAACAGCAAUCAGUGAUAGGCCUAGUCCACUUGGUCCAAACGGAAAGGUUGAAAGUUCUCUGCAUCAGUCACUUCGUAGCAGUAAAGACAAAAGCGGUAAUAGAAACACUGAGAACGAAGACUUUGGUCCGUUUGCUUAUCAUAGAUCAGGUCGAUAUUCUGAUGAAAGAGGGCUGAGGAUACCGGAUAAAGGUCAGGCCGGAGCUCCAGUUAGCAUAGAUGAUGAUGAAGCUCAAGAGCAGCGAGGCAGAUUGGUUCCUUCAAAGGGUCCUGUAACGGCUCCUCUAGGGAUCCCAUUUUAUGCAGCCAGUGUUGGUGGGGCCCGCAGAACAGUUCCAGUUUUGAACAGGUCUGACUUCAUUAGUUGCUAUGACAGUGGUGGAUUAUCAGACGCAGAGAUGCUGAGAAAGCGGAUGGAGAAUAUUGCAGUAGGACAUGGUCUUGGAGGGGUUUCAGCGGAGUGUUCUGGUAUGUUAAACAACGUGUUGGACGUGUACCUGAAGAGACUGAUCAAAUCAUGCGCUGAUUUGUCUGGAUCUCGGUCACGGCAGAGCCGAGACGAGAUUGUAAAUGUAGUGUGGCCGAGUAAUAGUGUGCAGAUACAAACUAGCAACCAACCGUCUACGCAAGAAAAGCAUCAGGUGUCUUUGCUUGAUUUUAGAGUUGCAAUGGAGCUAAAUCCAUCUCAACUUGGUGAAGACUGGCCAUUGCUUCGGGAGAGAAUGUUCCUGCGUUCGUUUGAGGAACGAGAAGGGGUGUGAGUUAAAAUGUUUGCGAUGUUGGAUAUUGCAAAUUGUCUGAGUAAGCUGCUCUAGUCCACACAAAAAAACUGGCCACUGGUUUUGUUAGCAAGACGGUUCUAAAGCGCUGGAUACCAUGAUGUACCUGGUGGCUGAGAGACACAUCUAUGUCCUGCAGCCACGGACUCGGGCCACUGUAUUUGAAUACAAAAUACGUGUUGUUGUAAGGUCAGUAGUAACUUGGCCAUCCCAAGCUCUGUGUGUAACACGCAAGCUGAUAAGGGUAUCAAGAGAAAGUUUUGGUGGAGAUACUGUGGGAGAAAGAUACAAACAAACAAGCAUGUAAUAGCUGCAGUAUUGUUGUGUAUGUAACAUAGUCUUACCAUUGUUUAGAAUUUAUAGCUUGGAAAACACAUUGACUUCACUUUUACUUUUUACAUUUACAAUUUUUUAUUUUCUCAUUUCAGUGAAAAGGUUAUAUUUACAGUCUUCAAGGCAUUAUAAAAGAGUGACUUACAUAUUAAGUCCCUCGUUUCUGUUUC